AUGGAUCAGAAAUUGAUGAACGUCUUGACAAUAUCUUUCUUGUUAGUGUUGGCGUUUACACCAGUUCAUUCCUCUGUCUUCUUCGACGUGACUAGUGCAAAAUAUGGUGGAAAACCAAACACAGACAUUACAAAGGCUUUGCUGAAUGCUUGGACUGAUGCAUGCGCAUCGCCGUGGGAGAGUACAAUUUAUGUUCCAAAAGGCACCUACGGAUUAAAAGGAGCAAUUUUCGUAGGUCAUUGCAAGGCUCCUAUUGAGCUUCAGGUUGAAGGCACAUUGCAGGCUCCAGAAGAAACCGGCCAAGUCACAUCACCGGAUACUUGGGUUGGUUUUCGGUACCUUAAUAGGCUCACUUUGUCAGGUGGUGGAACUUUUGAUGGCCGCGGAGCACUCUCUUGGAAACAAAACGACUGUAACACAAACAAAAACUGCAAAUCUCGGGUUGUGAAUAUAAGGUUCGACUUCGUCAACGAUACAAUAAUCAAGGACAUAACUUCACUUGACAGCAAGAACUUUCACUUCAACGUUUUCGCCUGCAACAAUAUUACAUUCCAACAUGCAACCAUCACAGCACCUGGAGACAGUGUCAACACAGACGGUAUCCACAUUGCACGAUCAACAAUGGUCACCGUCGCCAACACAAGCAUCGGAACCGGAGACGAUUGUAUCUCGCUCGGUGAUGGGACUUCACAACUCAAAUUUACCAAUGUAACUUGCGGACCAGGCCACGGCAUAAGCAUUGGCAGCCUCGGAGGGCACCGCGAUGAACAACCGGUAACUGGUGUCAUAAUCAAGAAUGUAACAUUCAACAGCACGCAGAAUGGUGCAAGGAUCAAGACGUGGCCGGGCUCUUAUGGUGGUCUUGUGUCAGAUAUACACUAUGAGGAUAUUAUCAUGGUGAAUGUCAGCAACCCGAUCAUUAUAGACCAAGAGUACUGCCCAUGGAACUUGUGCAACAAGAAGAUUCCUUCCAAAGUUAAGAUCAGCAACGUGAGCUUCAAGAACAUUAAGGGCACGUCCACAACUCCGCUUGCCGUAAACUUUAUUUGUAGCUGGAGCGUGCCGUGCGAGAAUGUGGAGAUUUCCGGCAUUGAUCUCACGUACACCGGACACAAAGGAUUUAUCAGUUCACAAUGCUCCAAUGUCAAACUGGCGACCAUUGCUAACGUGACAAAAGCUCUUGCUUGUGGUAACUAUUCGCCGGCAUCAAAGAACCACACCGAGGCUCAUUCUCCAGAAAUUAGCCGAUCCGAGAACCAGACCGUGUCGAAAAACCAGACUGAAACUGUUGCAGGAAAUCGGAAUGAGCCGGCCAGAGUUGAUCAACGUAAGUAUCGUCGUCUGCUUAUGACGUCCUCGGGACCAGAAAGUGAUGAUCGCUUUUUAAGAGUCACGUCCUCCGCUCCAAAUAAUCGCAGUACUUGUGGGUGGCUACAACCGAGGGCAAUAGUGCAGCUCCUAAGGGGUUUCUGGCUUCCCCUACAUGGGUGGUUUUAG